GCAAAUCUGGUGGAAAAUCAAGCAAAGGAGGAAAAUCAAGCAAAGGAGGAAAAUCAAGCAAAGGAGGAAAAUCAAGCAAAGGAGGUAAAUCAGCCAAGGGAGGAAAAGGAAGAAGAAAGAGGAGCAAGAGCAAAUCAAAGGGAAAAUCUAGCAAGGGAUACAGCAAGGGAAAAUCAGGCAAGGGCUCAUAUAAAUCUAUUAAACUGCCCAAGUCAUGGGAGAUUGGAGAGAUUAUCCCUAAGAUCAAGGAGAGACAGACGAAGGAAUGCUUCAGAGCUCCAUGUGAAGGAGACAAGUGCAAGUUUACCGUGGCCAGCAAGUGUGUUAGUGACCUCAGUAUACUUAUUCUGGAUGCCAAAUAUGGUAAAGGAUCAUGGAAAAAAGUCUGUAUCGCUAUCGAAGCAACCCGUAAAUGUAUCCUUGAUGCCACAGUUGACUGCUCAGACUUUGUGAAACUGAGGAUAAAGGCUUCAUUUGAAGAGGCUCUGAGAUUGGUUGGAGGUAACUGCAAUGAUGGCCCCACAAAACCACCAACUACUCCUCCUCCUGGAGUGUGUGAUGAAUAUUAUGUAACCGAUGCUGCUGCAAAGUGUCUCCUUGAACUAUCUGCCAAACAGAACACUGAAGCAGUGAUCAUCAGGCGGGACUACAGAGAGGUUUGCAUCUAUGUUAAGAUCACAAUCGAGUGUAUCGCUAAGGCAACCAUUGGAUGUGGAGAUGAUGUUAUAGCCAGGGUAGAAGCUGAACUUAAGGCUGCUCUUGUAAUCUUAGAUCCUAUCUGCAACCCAGCAAUAACCACAACGCUAGCACCCUGGACAACCGCACCGCCACCUAAAGGUUGUGCUGCUCACAAGAACAACUAUUUCAUCAAAGGAGAUGCAAUCAACAGAAAUUGCUUCUAUGCAUGUGUUGAUGGUACCCCAAUCUACACAUGUUGUUGUCUUGGUACAUGUAUGACAGACAACUGGGAGGAAGGACGUAAGAAUCCAUGUAGUGCAUGCGUGGAUAUCAAGCCAGAACAGAAUGUAUGCCGAGGCAAGCAAUCCAACUACUUCAUCAAAGUCGAUGACCGAUGCUAUCACCAAUGUUCCAAUGAAGUCGCCUAUAAGCAGUGUUGUGCCCCAGGUACCUGCAUCAAAGCUGGAUUCACUGAGGGGAUCAACAACCCAUGUGAUCAAUGUGCACCCAGAGCAAUACAAGCUUGGAUCAAUUACAAUGCACGAUCUGGCUGUGAGGGCAAAUUUACUAACUGGUACAUCGCUGACCCAACAGACUACAGAUGCUUCUACCAGUGCUCUAACCAAGUGCCCUACAGGCUAUGUUGUGCCCCAGGAACAUGCGUACGUCCAGGCUACAGCCAAGGAGAGGACAACCCAUGUGAUCACUGCAGCGGAGCUCCUCCAACAGUCCCUGCUACUCAACCACCUGUUGUCACGGAAGCCCCACCACCAAAAUGUGAUGACUCAAGGGGAUUAUGGUACACUAAGACAGAUGACUGGUGUUAUUCCGUGUGCCAAUCUGGUGAGGAAUACUGUUUCUGUUGCCCCAGAGGAACCUGCAUGACCCCAGGAUUCACAGAGGGAGGUGAUUACCCAUGUGGCCAGUGUCCCAAACUGCCUCCAGUCACAACUACCCCCAGCUCUGUAUGCACCUCCAAAUGGAACGACUGGUUCAUCCGCAUUGACGACCAUUGCUACUAUGAGUGUAUAGAUGGCAUUUUGACUCACAAGUGUUGCGACUAUGAUUGCAUCGCGGGAGAAUGGCAUGAAGGACCAGCUAACCCAUGCAGGCCAUGCACCACUCUUGACCCACCCACAAGACCUCCAGGUAUAUGUGAUGUCACUAAUACACUAAAGUGUAUCCUUGAAGUUCAGAAAGUCAUCAUUGGAGCUAGAGGUGUUGAUGACAGUCUCUACCAAAACAUUGUUUGUGGAUCUCUAAAGGCCACAGCAGAGUGUGUGGAGACUAACACAGUUGCUUGCUCUGAUAGCAAGAAAGUCAGCAUUUCUCAGGCCUGGAAGAUGACACUAAGCAUGGUUGGUAACAAAUGUCCAGAUACUAAACCCAGGUGUGAGAUUUCAUCAAGUGAGACCUGUUUCUCAGACUUCAAGUUCCAGCUACAGAAAUUCAGAACUGAGAUUAGGCAGCCCAAUGUUGACAGAUACGUCAUUUGUCAGGGUAUAAGAGGACAUCUAUCUACCCUUCAACAAUGUACCACUACCGUCAUUGUGGGCUGCGACUACACAUACAAGAAGCAAGUCACUGAGAGAAUCCAGACAGAGAUCGACUUCAUUGAACAGACAUGUAGCGUCAAAGAGUGUACACCAGAUUUUGUCACUAACAAAUGUUUCGCUGAGUUUAGUUCAAUCACCACCAUUGUAAAUCCUGACUGGAAGGGCUUUUGCACUAGCAUUGAAACUAAGAUAGCAGCAUCAUGGGGAUGUAUCCUGAAUGCUGCCUUGGGAUGUGACAAUGAGUUCAGACUGACAAUCAACUCAACUUUCCAGUUUGUUCUGGAGGGAAUCACUGAGAGAUGCAAGGAAAAACCAGACUUCAAGAUGAUCGUCGACCGUAAGCAAAUGACUGUCAUUGAAGGCGAGUCUGCCGUAAACCUGUGUAUCAAGGGAACAGCACCACCUGGCGAUAGUAUCUGUGCUGGAGAGGCAAACUGUAAGGCAGUUGUCGACUUGGAUCUAGAACACGGCAAAUGGCCGAGGUGUCGCGGUAGAAGAAACAGAGACAGAAGAACCUCCGUCCAAGCCGUAUUUGGCAAACAUGGGAAUUCUAAUACUUACAAUCGUGUCGAGUUCACUGAUACUGAUUAUGAAACGUGCCACAAUGUGCCAAUCAAAGCAAAGAUGGACGGUUUCUUUGAUGGAAAUAAAAUGAGAAAACUGACUCUACAUAGCAAGAAAAUUGUUGGGACAACUGAAACUAUUGUUGAGACUAAAACAGUGAAUGUAAAGAUCAUAGACAGAGACAGGAAAUCAGUUUGCAAGAGUAUCAAUGAUCCUCACAUCACAACAUUUGAUGGACGUGCCUAUGACAACCACAGGGAAGGCUUCUUCCAUUUCUACAGACAUAAGCAACUUCCCGCUGAGGUCCAAAUCUUCUACACAAAAUGCAGUGACGCUAACAACGCCAAGGCAUCCUGUAACUGUGCAGUUGCUGUCAGAUCUGGUGAUUCCGUGUUCUAUAUCGAUCGCUGCGCAAAACCUAAUCAGACAAAACGACGAAGGAUAUUCGGAAAAGGUGUCAAGAAAGCGAUGUCCCUCGUGAAGGUUGGAUUAAGAAUCCACACAAAACUAACAGAUGGAACUCAUAUCUUCCAGAGGAACAAUGGACGGCGCUAUGGUGUUCUGUUGCCACAUGGAACCCUUGUAGACAUCUGGCUGUCUAAAAGGGGAAAUUUGAUCAAUGUCUGGGUCAUCCCCUCAUCAGCGGACUGGAAGAACACAGAAGGUCUGUGUGGAUUCUAUGAUGGAGACAAGUUGAAUGACUUCACCAUGCGUGACGGCACUCAGGCUCUUGAUGUGCGACGACGCAGGAGGAGAAUCAGAUCCGAAUCCUUCAACCUGGAUUGGAGAGCAACCCAGGAUGAGUAUAUCAUUUAUGGUGUUGAAAGGAACCAAUACGCCCCUGCUCGCUAUUGCGAGGUGACAGACGAAGCAGAUGCCACUUGUUUGAGAGCUUUUGAUGUCGAAACCUGCCACUUUGACUUCCGCUAUGAGGUGACCAGUCAGGUGGUCUCUACUGCCAUAGACCUUGUACAGCAAGCACAACAAGGUAGAAAGAAACGACAGGCAGCAGCAGAUGAUUUCGCCUUUGAUGCUGACUUUAACCCUGAGGAGCCUGAGUGGGAGGAUAUUGAAGGCUGGAAUCAGACCACUGCAGAGGAUUUCUGUAGGGAGUUCAUUGAAAAUGGUGGAGAACAAAAGAAUCCUGCUAUGAAGAUCUGCAUUGAGAAUCUUAAAGAUUUCAACCUUGAUGAGAAAAUAGAAUCCUGUGUUGAAGAUAUCAAGUUGAAUGACGGCAACACAUCUUGGGCAGAGAACAAUGUGCAAGAUGCUCUCUCUGAUUGCGCUGACACUCUAGACAAAGAUCCUACAUACAGUGAAGAAGGAGAUGAUGGCGGUGUGUCCAUAGCUGAUCAAAUAGAAGCUGUCAACUGUAUUAACAACUGCAAUAACAAUGGAGCAUGUGUCAAUGGUACAUGUGAGUGUAAUGAAGAGUUCACCGGUGAAGACUGUAGUCAGAGUAAGUCAGCGGUCCCAGACCUGCAAGACAUCAAAGAUGAUGGACUGUGUGACCAGAGAGCUGGAACCGACUGUUCCAUUGCUGUGGUACUUGGAGACGAUUUCGUAGAUUCUCCCCAAUUGACAUGUCACUUGGAGCGUGUUGAGAUUAGUGGUACUUCCCACCGUCCUACAGGAGAGUUCACAAAAGUGGAUGGAACCUACAUAAACUUCAAUGAGAUUCAAUGCAAGCUUAAAACUCUGGAUCACUACUUCAUCAGUGUCAGCAAUGACGGUGUUCAAGCCAGUGAGAAUCUGAUGUUGUGGAUGGUGUAUGACUCUGCCUGUAAGGUCUGUGAUGCAGAGGAAGUCAUAUGUACGCCACAGGAGAUUGGAUGUAGUAUCGAAGGCAAGUGCUAUAGGGCAAAUGACCAGAAAGAAGGUGACGAAUGCAAGAUUUGUAACCCUGAGAAGUCAACUACAGAAUUCUCUGAUAGUGAAACUGAAUUCUGUAACAGAUUUGACAUUCCCGCUAAGCAAGAAGGUCUUGAUGCCACAACUACUGCAGUCAUUGCAGUUGUAGCUGCAUUGGUAGCUGUUGCUGCAAUUGUUGGUGUUGCAAUCUAUUGUGUUAGGAAUAACAGGGCUAAUAAUGCCAAGGCCAAACAGCUCGAAGAGACUUCAUCAGAUACUGGUUUUGCAAUUGAUAACCAAACAUAUGAGGACUCCAAAUUACAUAGGGACCCUACCAUUAAAUACCGUUUUGCAGUGGAUAAUGAUUUCCAGUCUACGACUGCUCAAGACUCUGCAUCUGCAGUUGGUAGUCAGGUAUCAACCCCUGGACAUGUGACUUCUAUAGCCACACGUUGGGUGCCAAGUACAAAUGGAAUACAAGAGAAGCUUUACAACGGACAGAAUUAAUGAGAGUGUCCCUGGACACUAAAUGUAUAUUAACUACAGGGUGCUCAGGAGGAUUUUAGACUUCCAGAAAGUCUAUAGCUCAUAUUAGAACUUCGGCCUCUCAAAUUGUGCCAUUUUAUAAGAAUCAUAUAGGUGUGUCAUGUUGUUCACUUCUUUUUACUGUCAAUUAAACAGAACAGGUGCAAACAAAUCCUCCUAUUUUAUUCAAAAAGAAUGAAACAAACAUGACCGCCAUUUAUAAAAAAAUAUAUUCCCUGAAUAGUCAAUACUAUCUGCGUGAUUAAGAAAUAAAAAUAUUUCAUGAUAUAUAGAUGUCGCAUAAUGUUUAUUAUCUUUGAAAAUUGAUUAUAUAAUUUGAGCUGGUCUCUUAUAUGUAUGGUGUGAAUAUAUAUAUUUCUGUACUUUAUGGUGUAAAAAUGAUAAAUGGUCUGAUUCAAAUGUAGCUGAUUAUAAAAUGCUAAUUUCAGAGUGGCAUUACUAAAUUUUGUUAAUAUUUUUUUUAAUAUUAGAAAGGCAGACUGGUUAUCAUUUAUACUGUAUUUUUAUUGAAUUUAAUAUUUUUAAUUUUGCUGGAAGGCAAGAUCUGAUAAGUAAUGAGAGUCAAGGCCUCUACUGAAAGAACUUUGCUCAAAACAUUGCAUUUAUAUGUACUUUGUUGCUGCUUCCUAUCUUUGUAAACAUUCCAGAUCAAUUUCUAAUGUUCAAAAUUGUCUCACGAGAAAUUUUAUUUCGUUGAUUAACAUAUUCAUAUUCAUUUUGUAUCUUUGUCAGUUUUAGGUAUAUGAAUCUGAAUGCUUUGUGUAAAGUAGGCUUGUCUUCACAAUAUUGCUGUAUUCCAUGAAGUGAUUUAUAUUUUUAUACUUUCAUGUGUAACUUUAUAUUAUCAUUCUUUACAAUAAACUCUUUAAGCUAAA